CAGCUGUCCUGCUGUUCUUUGUGUCAGGACAUCCCAAAGGAUCCAGUCUCUACCACCUGUGGACACUGGUUCUGCAGACCCUGCAUCACCUCAUACUGGGACCAGUCUGCUUCAUCAGGACCCUCCUCCUGUCCCCAGUGUCGAAAAAGAUCCAGAAGCAGAAGUGGACUGCAGACAGGCAGUCAGAGCAGCUGUGUCCAAGAUGUUGGUCUGCAGGAGGUUUUAGAUGAACAUCAGAUCAGUCUGAGGAGGAGAUGUGAACAUGUGACUGAAGGAAGUGAUGAAACAGGAAGUAGAACCCUCCUCAACAGGAUCUACACUGAGCUCUACAUCACAGAGGGACAGAGUGAAGAGGUUAAUACCCAACAUGAGGUCAGGCAGCUGGAGACCGCUUCCAAGACCCAGAUCCUCCAUGAGACUCCAAUCAGGUGUCAGGACAUCUUUAAAGCCUUACCUGACCAACAUGGAGCCAUCAGAGUGGUUCUGACCAAUGGCGUGGCUGGAGUUGGAAAAACCUUCUCAGUGCUGAGGUUCAUUCUGGACUGGGCCGACGGCUUGGAGAACCAAGAUGUCAGUGUGGUGGUUCUGCUUUCGUUCAGGGAGCUGAACCUGAUCAGAGAUGAGCAGUACAGUCUUCUCAGGCUGCUCCAUGUUUUYCAUCCAACACUCCAGAAGCUCCCAGCAGAGAAGCUGUCUGUCUGUAAACUUCUCUUCAUCUUUGACGGCCUGGAUGAAAGCAGACUUCAGCUGGAUUUCACCAACAGUCAGCUGCUUUCUGACGUCACACAGGAGGCAUCGCUCAACGUGCUGCUGACAAACCUCAUCAAGGGGGACCUGCUUCCCUCAGCUCUGGUCUGGAUCACUUCCAGACCUGCAGCGGCCAAUCAGAUCCCUCCUUCAUGUGUGGACAGGCUAACAGAAGUACGAGGCUUCACUGAUGCCAAGAAGGACGAAUACUUUAGGAGGAGGUUCAGUCAUGAAGAUCUGUCCARCAGAAUCAUCUCCCACAUCAAGACCUCCAGGAGCCUCCACAUCAUGUGUGCARUCCCAGUCUUCUGCUGGAUCACUGCUACAGUUCUAGACCACAUGUUGACCACAGAGCAGAGGGGAGAGCUGCCCAAGACCAUGACUGACAUGUACUCACACUUUCUGCUGGUUCAGACCACCAGGAAGAAGAACAAGUACCAUAAGGGACCUUUGACCAGUCCUCAGAAGCUGACGGAGACUAACAGGGAAGUUCUUUUGAAGCUGGGGAGGCUGGCCUUUGAACAUCUGGUGAAAGGAAACAUCAUGUUCUACCAAGAAGACCUGGAGCAGUGUGGUCUUGAUGUCACAGAGGCCUCGGUGUACUCAGGAGUUUGUACAGAGAUCUUCAAAAGAGAGUGUGUGAUCUUCCAGAAACCAGUCUACUGCUUUGUUCAUCUGAGUGUUCAGGAGUUUCUGGCUGCAGUCUACAUGUUCCACUGUUUCACCAACAGGAACAUGAAGGUGAUGAAGAGGUUUCUGGGAGAGGAGUACAGUUCCUCAUCUCUGGAUGACUUCUUGAUCAGAGUCAUGAAGAAAUCCCUCCAAAGUAAAAAUGGCCACCUGGACCUGUUUGUUCGCUUCCUUCAUGGCCUCUGUGUGGAGUCCAACCAGAGAGUCUUGUGGUGUCUUCUGGGUCAGACAGAGAUCAGUCCAGGAACCAUCCAGAUCAUCAACAACCUGAAGGAGAUGAACAGUUAUAAAGUGUCUCCAGACAGAAGCAUCAACGUCUUCCAGUGUCUGCUGGAGAUGAAGGACCUCUCAGUUUAUCAGGAGAUCCAAGAGUUCCUGAAUCCAGCGAAUAGAUCAGAGAAGAGACUCUCAGAGAUCCAGUGUUCAGCUCUGGCCUACAUGCUGCAGAUGUCAGAGGAUGUUCUGGAUGAGAUGGACUUGAUGAAGUACAACACAUCAGUGUCGGGACGAUGGAGACUAAUUCCAGCUGUGAGAAACUGCAGACAGUUUCGAGCUGUUGGAGCUGGACUCUUGGAGAUUCACUAUGAAGCUGUGGCCUCAGCUCUGAAGUCCAACCCCUCCCAUCUUACACAACUGAACCUGGGUCACAACCGCAAUGAC